AUGUCACCUGUCAAGAUUGUCUGUUUGAUGAUGGCGAUGUUCAUUGCCAUUUCCAUAUGCGAUAUAUCAGAUUUUGAGAACCAGCCAGCCACAAAAAAGAGCGCCUAUGAUGAUGAUUCCGAAUUCAAGCCACUGAAGAUCAACUAUUCUCCAAAAAAUAACAAGUUGAGAGAUAUCGCCGUCAUCAAAUUCACCGGUGCUGAUGAAAAAUCUGACAACCAUUCCAUUUUUGAUAUCAUCUUCAAUCCUCCAACAUCAGGGACAUCAAGCAUUCUGGACAACAUCACUCAGGCUAUCCCAACCAAAUCCACAACCACCGAUUUUCUUCUGUUGAAAAAGAAAGUUGCUGAAGAUAUGGAUGCGAUGGAAGUUGUCGAAGUGACCCCUGCUAGCUAUUAUCAAUAUGAGUCUGAUUCGGAUUCUGCUACUGAGUCCUCUUCAUCUGAGGAAAAUCUAUGGCUGAGUGCAACAUGCUAUACUUCUGACAUGGAUGCCAACUCUACUAAAAAUAAGAAAGAAGAGGCAACCAUUGGCAAAAACAAAAUGGAAUUGAUAAUAUUGAGAAUUGCCCCCAGCCCAAAUGUAAUUACAUACAACGCCAGUUGUUUUUCCAAAAUGUCACCUGUCAAGAUUGUCUGUUUGAUGAUGGCGAUGUUCAUUGCCAUUUCCAUAUGCGAUAUAUCAGAUUUUGAGAACCAGCCAGCCACAAAAAAGAGCGCCUAUGAUGAUGAUUCCGAAUUCAAGCCACUGAAGAUCAACUAUUCUCCAAAAAAUAACAAGUUGAGAGAUAUCGCCGUCAUCAAAUUCACCGGUGCUGAUGAAAAAUCUGACAACCAUUCCAUUUUUGAUAUCAUCUUCAAUCCUCCAACAUCAGGGACAUCAAGCAUUCUGGACAACAUCACUCAGGCUAUCCCAACCAAAUCCACAACCACCGAUUUUCUUCUGUUGAAAAAGAAAGUUGCUGAAGAUAUGGAUGCGAUGGAAGUUGUCGAAGUGACCCCUGCUAGCUAUUAUCAAUAUGAGUCUGAUUCGGAUUCUGCUACUGAGUCCUCUUCAUCUGAGGAAAAUCUAUGGCUGAGUGCAACAUGCUAUACUUCUGACAUGGAUGCCAACUCUACUAAAAAUAAGAAAGAAGAGGCAACCAUUGGCAAAAACAAAAUGGAAUUGAUAAUAUUGAGAAUUGCCCCCAGCCCAAAUGUAAUUACAUACAACGCCAGUUGGUGCCGUGUCAUUUCUUGGAUGCGUAUGAGCCAGGAAUCUUUCUUAAGCUCAAAUGCAAUCUAUAUCAUUCUUACAUUGUUUGUCGUUUUUUUUUUAAUUGAAGAAUACCUUAAUGGUGAUAAUGAAUGAAUUAUAAAUUACUUAUAUAUGUAGUAUUUUAGUUUAUUGGUUGAAAAUUGUAUUUUUCAUUUCCAAUAUAUUCAUGUAUUCCUUAAUCAUAUAAUUUGAAUAAACUCAGCAUCCCAA